UCAAUUCUGCAAGUGGUUCUGAUUUACUAUCGCUGUUCUCUAGCUGAUCUAAAACCGCUUUUGACUUAAAGGGACGCUUUUUGGACGCCAUGGACGUUUCUCAGUUUCCAGGUAGAAAGAACAGUAAAAAUGCAGGCAGGGCACAGGACAAAGCACUCGGGACAAAAUGUAUGUGAAAUGGUUUGAUACAUGAAUGUUAGUUUUUAAAAUUUUCAAAUUUCCCACCGGUUCUGGCCCCCGUACGUCCCGACGCUCGCAGGGACCGGAACCCAGAAGACGGAUGCCGGCAUCGGCCAGAGGAGAUGGCCGGGGACACUGCAGGGGGGAC